AAUGACGAAAAGCCCUGCAAAAACCCUAGGCCAGAACAGAGACUACAACCAGAGUAGUCGAGAGCUGGGAAAGAAGCAAAAAUGGGGAAGAAAGAGCAGUUAGGGAAGCUACUAGGCGCCUUGGGAGACUUCACCAGCAAGGAAAAUUGGGAUGAGUUCUUCAAAAUCCGAAGUUCCGAUGAUCCUUUCGAGUGGUACGCCGAGUGGUCCGAACUCAGAAACCCACUCAUUUCCCACAUUUCUUCGUCAUCGUCAUCAUCAUCAUCUGACCAAGCCCAGCUCCAAGGCGAAGCUCCGUCAUCGCCGCAGAUUCUCGUGCCGGGUUGCGGGAAUUCGAGGCUUUCCGAGCACCUCUAUGAUGCUGGGUUCAGGGACAUCACCAAUGUCGAUUUUUCUAAGGUUGUCAUCUCCGACAUGAUGCGCCGCAAUGUCCGUGAACGACCCGGUAUGCGGUGGCGCGUCAUGGACAUGACCAAAAUGCAGUUUGAGGAUGCGACCUUUGAUGCCGUACUUGAUAAAGGUGGUUUGGAUGCUUUGAUGGAGCCAGAACUGGGUCCUGAUUUAGGGAAGAAAUAUUUGUCAGAGGUUAAAAGGGUGUUAAAAUUUGGCGGGAAGUUUAUUUGUCUUACCUUGGCAGAGGCUCACGUUCUUGGUUUGCUUUUCUCUACAUUUCGCUUUGGGUGGAAAAUGAGUAUUCAUGCCAUACCUCAAAAGCCAUCUAGCAAGCCUAGCCUUCAAACAUUUAUGGUGGUUGCUGAAAAGGAGACAUCAACUAUGCUGCAUGAGAUAGUGUCAUCGUUCAACAAUUCCUCUCUUGUUUGUAGUGGAGAUCAGGCCCGUGGUCUCUUUGAGGCUCUUGAGAAUGAGAAUCAAAUUCGUAGAGGGAACUCUAGUGGUUCUGAUAUAUCGUGCUCUCUUGAAGGAUUGCAACUUGAAGAUAGGCAGGAUUUGACAAAGCUCAGCGAAGGCCGUCGGUUGCAGCUUACAUUGGGAGGACAAGGGAGCUCCUGGUUCAUUUAUAAAGCUGUUCUUCUUGACUCUCAGUCUCAGUCUGGCCCCUUUCAAUAUCGUUGUGGGGUUUUCAUUGUACCUAAGACCCGGAGCCGUGAAUGGUUAUUCUCCUCAGAAGAAGGACAAUGGAUGGUAGUUGAAAGCUCAAAGGCAGCUCGUCUCAUAAUGGUUUUAUUGGACAGUAGCCACGCCAAUGCCAGCAUGGAGGAUAUUCAGAAGGAUUUGUCUCCCCUGGUUAGACAAUUGGCACCUGGUGGUGAAGAUGAUCUUGGAGCUCAAUUUCCGUUCAUGACGGCCGGUGAUGGGAUCAAGCAACGCAAUGUUGUUCAUCAGGUCACAUCUUCAUUUACUGGGCCAAUAAUUGUUGAGGAUGUGAUUUAUGAAAAUGUGGAUGGUGAUGUUACUCGCAUUUUUCCAACCGAAGACUUGAUAUUCCGACGACUUGUUUUUCAAAGAAGUGAGAGUCUAGUGCAGUCCGAAGCUUUACUAACAAGGGCAGUUUCCACUCACACAACUGUUGGUGACAGUGAAAGGAAGAAAUCCAAAUCUAAGAAAAGAGGAACUCAGAGAAAAACUAGUGAAUCAUGUGACCAGCUGAAGGUUUAUCAUGGCUAUCUGGCUAGUUCUUAUCAUACUGGGAUUCUUUCUGGCUUUGUGUUGAUUUCUUCUUACAUGGAAAGUGUGGCAUCGAGUAACACAUCAGCUAAAGCAGUUGUAAUUGGUCUUGGAGCUGGUUUGCUCCCUAUGUUCCUUCAUGGAUGCAUGCCCUUUUUGCACAUUGAGGUGGUGGAGUUAGAUCCAGUGGUUCUUGAUCUUGCAAAGGGCUAUUUUGGUUUUACUGAAGAGGAUCAUUUGCAGGUACAUAUUGCAGAUGGUAUCCAAUUUAUUAGAGACAGUAAAAGCUGUGCAUCUACUAAUGUGGUUUCUAUUCCUGGAAAUGAUGCUGCGGCUUCUAAUGGAAUUUGCACGACAUCUCAUGGAGAAGGCGGUGUGAAUACAAAGGUGGACAUAAUCAUCAUUGAUGUGGACUCUGCAGAUUCAAGCUCUGGUAUGACUUGCCCUGCUGUGGAUUUUGUGGAAGACUCGUUUCUGCAGACUGUAAAGAAGAAUCUUUCUGAAAAUGGUCUAUUUGUUAUUAAUUUGGUCGCACGGUCCCAAGCUAUGAAAGACGGAGUUAUUUCAAGAAUGAAAGAGGUCUUUAAUCAUCUGCUCUGCCUCAAAGUUGAAGAAGAUGUCAAUGAAGUUAUUUUUGGUCUUUGUUCGGAGUCCGACAUCAAGGAGGAUUGCUUCCCAGACGCGGCUUGUCGACUUGAAAAAUUGUUGAAGUUGAAACACCCUGAGAUGAGCCAAAAUGUGAUUGAUGCUGCAAAGAAAAUCAGAAGAUUGAAGUGAAUUACAUCUCUCAGAAGUACUACUUUUCAGGUUGAAAUUUAAGGUAGUCCCCAUGAUGAAAGGGGGGAAAACAUUGUAUUUAUCUCCAAUUAUGAGAAUAGAGUUGUCUGAUCCAUGAUGUCAAUUUUCUCAUUAGCAGAUUGUAAUAUUAAAUUAUUUUUCAUUUUUCUCCACCCCAAUUUCAUUGGGUGUUUAUUAAAUACUUAGGGGUGUUUGUUUUAAAUGGUUGAAUUGCCUUAAAAAGUGUAAAGGGGUUUAUGAUGGAAGUAAUGUUAAACUUUAAUGUACAAAAUGGUUCACUUUACCCUUCAAAUAUAUAUGAGAUUUACACAAAUUAUUAACUUUUAA